UCAAAAGUGAAAAUUUGAGGGUAAUGCUUUUUUUUCUGAUAUGUAACAGGGAUAGCGCACAGCCCACGCACACCGGACAGACAGCCGACAGGCCCGAGAUUAACACGCUGCCUCGGCGCCUCGCCGGCUCGCCCUCACUCCCGCAUCCCCCACCGCCGAGCUCACAAAAAAUAUACACUCGCUGCCUCUCCCCCACCGCCGUCGCCCGGAUCCCGGCUCCCCUGCCUCCCAGCGUCGCCGUCGUCUACACCCAUUGAUCCAAUCCCAAUGUUCCUCCGCCGCCAGUCCCUCCCGGCUCGGCGACCCCCGCGUCUCUGCCUCAGGCGGUCAGGCCGCACCCAAAUCGCCCCGUCGAGCUCAGCCGGGAGACUGCAGUCGCGCCGGCUGGCUUCUCCGUGCGGCGUGCUGGCCGCUAAGCGCCGCGGCCAUCGUCUUAGGAAGCUGCACCUGGGGUGGCCGCGCCUCGAGUAGUAGGGUGCCACCUCCGUUUCGUCACUGCAGUAGCCGCCGAUCUAGCGUCUGACCCGACGGUUCAGCCUCCUUCAGUCCAAAUGGAUGGAGUGGCAGGGCAACAGAUGGAGUCCAAUCUGGGUAUAUUAGGCGUAUCCAGAAUAGUUUCUUGCCCAAACUGAGGAUACAAAGUCGAUAUCAGAGUGGCAGGCUAACGAUUUUAAAUUUGGCUUUGUAUUUCUGUAGAUAUGCGGUCAUGUUGCAGUCGAUGUCAACAGUGGGACAUCAGCUAUGCUCAAGUCAAGGUUGCAUAGAGGUUCUCGAAGUUAGAAAAUAAAGGAUGGAGAGAUCAAUCAUCGUUUUCUGUGGUGAAUCAGAUACUGAAAUCUUAUGUAAGGAGGUGAAGAUACUGAAAUCGAGUGGCGCCGGAAAUCCAAGUUUGAAGCGAAGAUAAGAAAUGCAGAGGGCCGAUUGUCUGAAGAAACCCGAAGACAGACGUGGAGUUCUUUUGGCAUCCGUCUAGUAGUGUAAGUGGUGUUGAUUCCCCUGCCAGAGCAUGCAGUUUGGUCUAGUCCCCGGCGUGCCGGUGGCCUGGAUUCUGUGUCGUGGAUGGCGUCCUUGAUUCCCUUGCGUGGAGGGCGAAGGGCAUGCCCGGAAGCGAUUGGGCAGCAGUGUGACGACGGCGAGAGGACUGUGUCGUGGACUGCGAUAGUUAUGCAGGGCGACAGCGGCGAGAGAAGACGAUUUGGAAGAGGAGAUGUGGACGCUGCUGGGCGACGGCGACGAGAGGAAGGCGAUUUGGAAGAGGAGAUGUGGACGCUGCUGGGCGACCACGGCGAGAGGAAGGGGUGCUGGACGUCGAGAACUGCUGCUGGGCAGCACGCUGGCGAGGGCGAGAGGACGGCGCGGUGGAUGUCGAGAGACGGCGAGAAGUCCUGCUGCGGGGCGUUUCGAACGGUUAUUUCAGCACGAUCUUAUUUUUCCUGGAUGAGUGGAGACGGUUGUGAUCCGCUGGUCCGCUCCCUUCAAAUAUGUGAGCGAUUUGAGGUGUUGGAUAUUUGCUUUGAAAGGCUGAGAUUUGUUGGAUGGGACGCUCUCGCUCUUUUAAAGCAGGGGAGAUAAACCAAAACAUGAAACUGACUUGUACUCGGGUCCCUGACGUGCGCCCAACCGACCAGGAGUCCAGGACCCAUCCUGGUCAGGGGAAAUUUCCUAGUGUCUCUCAUGCCGGUCCUAAGAUUUUGUGGUACGGAGGUGAAACUAUAACAUGAGCCCUUUGGUAUAAACACCAAACUAAUAAUUGAUAUUUAUAUAUAACAUGCUACAUAUGAAAUAGUUUACUUAGUAUUAGCUUACAAAAUUGUUGUAACAUUCAUAGGUACAAAAUGUCAGGACCCUGUUUAUCUGAAGAACAGAUGCUCUACUUCCGACAGACAUCGACAGUCCACUGAAGCUACCAGCGGGCAGAAGUGAUACAACUGGCUCGUAGUCAUCCUAGUUCUUUUACCAUUUUGUAUCAGUCAAGUUAAGGAACCAUGUCCGAACUAGGGGCAAAGAUGUAAUAAUGCUUGAGCCUGCUUUUCAAUAUAAAGAGCAGGUGGGGUGGAUGGGAGGAUGAAGCAAAUCAAAAAACCAAAUUAUGUUUUUAUUUCCUCUUUCCAGUUUUGCCUAGUUGCUGUAGAUCUGAGCCUCGAGCUCCAUCUUCUUCCUCCUCAAGUAUCCCAUGUCCAGGACAAUCGGGUCCUGACAUCCUGGUAUCACAGCACGAUCUGUACCCACCCUCCCUCUCCCAUCUACCUAAUCCCCACCCACCCAAUUUCAACACCAUGCCCUCAGAGACAAGAUCGCGCUCCCAGUCGCGCGAGCGCGGAGGUCCAUUGGACGGCGGCCUCACCACGCCCACGACCACCGACGACGAGCACGUCGACGAACAACGACGUGCCCGCGUGCCGCGAGAUGUGCGUUCACUCAGCCGUCGCUUCGACCGUCACCAGGCAGAGUCUACCGCAGCCAUCAACGCUAUGCAAGGUGAGAUGUCUAAACUGAGUGCUAUGAUGUCAACUCUGCUUAGUAACACCUCCCGCAAUGCCGACGAGAGCUCUGCCACCAUGGACACGGCCUCUGCCCACCAAAGCCGCCCCUUUUCCACUCCCCCACCGCGUACCAACACGGCCCUAUCACCAAUUCCUGAAGUCACCACGCCGGCGUCCACUCCACCUGCUCCGCCACCGCCGUUUCCACCAACCUUGGGUAGGCUUACUCCCGAACAACUUCCCCUCCAACCACCGCAGCACAAACAACCAUCCAGCCAACCUUUGCCUACCGUUACAACCCAAUCGCCGGCGCCGAUCUACACUACCACCCCGUCCAUUACCUCAUCCCAUCCUUCUUCGUCCACAAAGUCCCAAACUUUCCAACUCACAACACCGAACACCCAGCCACAAUAUUACAGCAACACCACAACCCAACCACCAUCAUACAAUCCAUACUGCAUAGACUCCCAUAACAAUCAGAUGUACGCUAACACCACACAUCCGUUAUUUCCACAAAACCCAGGCUUUUCACCAUUUUUUCACCCACCCUUUCCACCACACCCAUACAUCAACCCAUACUUGUACCCACCUCCCACCUAUUUCCAACAACCACCAACACAACAAGCCUCAGUACACACCAUUCACCCCCAACAAACCCCUAACACCAACACCCAGGAGCCACACUUGCGUACCCCACAUGUGGAAAUGCCCUUGUUUUCAGGUGACCAAGCCAGGGCUUGGAUAUUGGAAUGUGAGGAUAUAUUCAGCUUGGUCGGUAUAGCAGCAGAGCACCGUGUAAGUUGGGGAUUAGCUCAUAUAAGAGGUCAAGCUAAAACAUGGAUAUCCAGUGCUGGUUAUAAUCUGCAACGCCUAUCAUGGACAGAGUUAUGCAGGAUAUUGUUGGACAGGUUCCCUGACAGUCAAACUGCAGAUCCAAUGGAACAGCUACAAUUGCUCAAACAAGUCACUUCGGUCAACAAUUACAUUGACAGCUACGAGCUCUGGAUGGCACAAAUGAAGCGUGAACGGACUUACCUUCCUCAAGACUUCUUUGUAGACCGAUUUAUGAGUGGUCUGAAAGAUACCAUCAAACACACAGUUCAAUGUCAGAAACCUGAAUCGUUGUUGUCAGCCUAUUGGUACGCCAGGCAAUAUGAGAAAUCACACUUGUCAACAACCAGGAGGCCACCCAUCCCUGCACAACCCCAGUUCAGAAAUGCUCCAGCAAGGGACAAUAGAAACCGAAAUAUGGGAGAUAGACCACGUGAACCUAGAAGAUGUUGGUAUUGCCCAGACAAUUGGACCCCUGGACAUCGGUGUCCAACUAUGCAAAGAGCUUUGAACACUAUUCAAAUGCAGGGAAAUUCCGAUGAUGAGCAAGAGGAACAACUGGCAGCAGUACACAUACCUGACAUAAUACUGCCACUCCCACAACCUGAAGCCGCUCAUGUUCAAGUACCAGAGGCAAGUGAAAAUCUGAUGAACAUUUCAGCAGCAGCCUAUAAUGGCUUCCCUAGUGACUCCACUAUUUCUGUUCUAUUGCAAUUACAUGGCAGCAAAGCAAUGGCAUUAGCUGACACUGGCAGCACAAACACAUUCCUGGAUUAUUCAUUUGCUGUUAAGCAUAAUAUUCCAAUGACUCCUGCCAAAGUAAGAAAAGUAGUUGUAGCUGGAGGCAGUACUCUCACCUCGGAUGCCAUCGCAUACAACUGCAAGUUCUCAGCCCAGGGACACCAAUUUGUCACUGAUUUCAGAAUUCUCACGCUACAAGGAUCUGACAUCAUCCUCGGUGUUAACUGGUUUAAAGAACAUAACCCUGUUACCUUUGACUUCAUUGAUAGAACUCUCACCAUUGGCAUUGAGGGCAGUCCUCACACAUUUCAUGAUCACUUAGUGCCCAAACAAGAUUUCCUUAUAUCUACAGAGCAGUGCCAUAAGUUGAUCGAACAUGGUGCUACUGGCUAUAUUCUCUACAGCUCUUCAGCAGAUGAAGAUGAACCUGGUCAUGUACUGGACACUAUACCAGAAUCUCUACAGAAUCUUCUACAUACUUUUCAAGAUAUCUUCCAAAUGCCCUCCGGUCUGCCACCCCACAGAACUUGUGACCACCACAUUCCUUUACUUCCAGAGGCUAAACCUCCUAACAUCAGGCCAUAUAGGAUGUCCCACAGCCAAAAGAACUCUGUGGAAUUACUCAUCAAAGAAAUGCUGAAAAACAAGGAAAUCAGGCCAAGCAACAGUCCUUUUUCUUCUCCUGCCAUUUUGGUCAGAAAAAAGGAUAAGUCCUGGCGGUUGUGUGUAGACUUCAGACUCCUCAACAGCAUGACAAUCAAAAAUAAAUUUCCCAUCCCUGUUAUUGAAGAUCUCCUUGAUGAACUUCAUGGUGCAACAAUCUUCUCCAAAUUGGACCUCAGAUCUGGUUACCACCAAAUUAGAAUGAAAAAUGAGGACAUCCACAAGACUGCAUUCUCUACACAUUUAGGGCACUAUGAAUACUUGGUGAUGCCCUUUGGACUGAGCAAUGCUCCCGCAACUUUUCAAGAGCUCAUGAAUUCUAUUUUCUCCAAAUUACUGAGAAAGUCAGUGUUGGUCUUCUUUGAUGAUAUUUUGGUUUAUAGCAAAACAGCUGAGGACCACAGACGACAUCUUUUGGAGGUCUUGAACAUCCUCAGAACACAUGAUCUCAAAGCAAAAAUGUCCAAGUGUACCUUUGGACAACCACAAGUGGAAUAUCUUGGACAUAUAAUAUCUGCAAAUGGAGUACAAACAGAUCCUUCAAAGAUAACUGCCAUUGUCAAUUGGAAAAUUCCCCAAACAGUGACACAACUCAGAGGUUUCUUGGGCCUCACAGGCUAUUACAGACGCUUCAUCAAACAAUAUGCUCUCAUUUGCAAGCCUUUGCAUGACAUAUUAAAGAAAAACUCCUUCCUAUGGGGUCCUCCACAGCAACAGGCUUUUGACACACUCAAGAAAGUUAUGUCUCAACCUCCUCUGUUGGCAUUACCCAACUUCCAAGAGGCAUUUGUGCUAGAAACUGAUGCAUGUGCAACGGGCCUGGGAGCAGUCUUAAUGCAGCAAAACAAGCCCUUGGCCUUCUUCAGCAAAAGUCUAGGCUCCAAGAAUAGUGCUCAAUCCAUCUAUGAAAAAGAGGCGAUGGCAAUUUUGGAGGCACUCAAGAAAUGGAGGCAUUACUUCCUUGGCAACAGGCUGAUAAUUAAAACGGAUCAACAAAGCCUUAAAUACCUCAGCAGCCAAAGAUUAAUAGAAGGCAUUCAACACAAGCUAAUGCUUAAAUUACUUGAGUUUGACUACUCGAUUGAGUACAAGAAGGGUACUGAAAAUUUAGUGGCUGAUGCUUUAUCAAGACAGUUCCAAGCUACUGACAGAGAACAAUGCAAUGCCAUUUCAGUUUCUGUUCCUACUUGGACAACUGAAAUUCUGGAUUCAUGCCAAGGUGAUCAGGAAUUCACAGCAAAAAUCCAAGCACUGGCUAUUAACAAAGAUAGCUAUCCUAAGUUUACCCUCCAGGCAGGUGUUCUCAGAUACAAGGGACGAAUAUGCAUUGGGUCGGCCACUGACCUCAGAAACAAAUUGUUCACUGCCUUCCAUUCUUCCAUCUUUGGUGGCCAUUCCGGAAAUCGUGUGACACUUCAUAGACUGAAAACAAAGUUUUUCUGGCCUCACCUAAAGCAAUUUAUGCACAGAAAGUAGCAGAGUGUCCAGUUUGCCAAAUAUCCAAGACUGAGAAAGUGCAGUACCCCGGUCUGUUAAACCCUCUCCCAAUUCCCAGAAUGAAAUGGUCUGAAAUCAGUAUUGACUUCAUUGAGGGCUUACCUAAAUCUAGAGGCAACGAUGUCAUACUCGUUGUAGUGGAUAGAUUGACCAAGUAUGCACAUUUCAUUCCUCUCUCUCACCCUUACAAUGUGCAGAAAGUUGCCAACAUAUUCAUGGAUCACAUCAUUAAACUCCAUGGACCACCUACUGUCAUUGUCAGUGAUAGAGAUCCCAUUUUCACUAGCAAACUAUGGAAUGAAAUAUUCUCUGCAUUCAAAGUUGACCUCCGCUUCACCACUGCCUAUCACCCUGAGUCGGAUGGUCAAACUGAGCGGGUCAACCAGUGUUUGGAACAAUAUCUCAGAUGCAUGACUUUCAAGGAACCCAAAAAAUGGUGUGACUGGCUUCCGGCUGCUGAAUGGUGGUACAACACAUCCUAUCAUACUGCUAUUAAAAUGUCACCGUUUCAAGCAUUAUAUGAGUAUUCUCCUCCUCACAUUACAGAGAUAGCCAUUCCUUGUGACAUCUCAGAAGAGGCUCACGUGACUCUCACUGAAAAGGAUCAGAUGAUCAAACGGUUACAGCACAACUUACAGCAAGCACAGCAAAGGAUGAAGAAGUUUGCGGAUCUCCACAGAACUGAACGAUCUUUUGAUGUGGGCGACAUGGUUUACCUGAAAAUGCAACCUUACCGCGAGACAGCUCUUGGCCUGCGAAAUUCUUUGAAACUGACCUCAAAGUGGUAUGGCCCCUUCCGCGUGCUGAACAAGGUUGGCAAGGUUGCGUAUCGUCUGCAAUUACCUGAAGGUACUCUACUGCACAAUGUUUUUCACGUUAAUCAACUGAAAAAACAUCUCGGUCCCAAAGCUGUUCCAAAUAGUCAGCUGCCAUUGCUUACUUCUGAUGGCAAGGUGAAGGUUGCACCUGUGGCAGUUCUCCAACGUCGGCAGGUACCUCGAAGUGCAGGAGAUUACGAUGUGGCCGUCCCGCAAUGGCUAGUGCAAUGGGAGAGCAUGACGCCGGACGAAGCAACUUGGGAAGAUGCUCACUUCAUUCAGGCGACCUUCCCAGCGUUCCAGCCCUGAGGUCUGGGCUCAAGAGGGGGGAAUUGUCAGGACCCUGUUUAUCUGAAGAACAGAUGCUCUACUUCCGACAGACAUCGACAGUCCACUGAAGCUACCAGCGGGCAGAAGUGAUACAACUGGCUCGUAGUCAUCCUAGUUCUUUUACCAUUUUGUAUCAGUCAAGUUAAGGAACCAUGUCCGAACUAGGGGCAAAGAUGUAAUAAUGCUUGAUCCUGCUUUUCAAUAUAAAGAGCAGGUGGGGUGGAUGGGAGGAUGAAGCAAAUCAAAAAACCAAAUUAUGUUUUUA